GGAAGACCUAAUUUAGGGUCAUGGAGAUGUCAGCGACCCAGCACAGAACGAGAAUCCAGUUAAAUAUUCCCACUACCUACUAAGGCCUUCGCCCACUGGAGUGUCUGUCCAAGGGUCCAGAUGUGCCGGCCUAAACUGUCCUAGUAGUCCUAAACAACUGUCUUGAGGACACCUGCGGAAGCAGGCAGAAGGGGCUGAGCCCAGACCCCAGGUCUGAGCGAGGACUGGUUUAAGGACCGACCCUUCCCGGGUAGAGGAUCCGCUUCUGAGCUCCGGACCAUCCGGGCAGCUCCGCGCCCCUCGAGCCCCGCCCCGCGCCACCCUGGCCUCGCCCCUUCGCUCUGCGCCUCUCCCACCCACGCUGGGCUGGAAGAAUCCUGGAGAAGUUGCUGGAAGGCUCUGGUGACCUCGGUGACGAUGGAUCAGCAAAGAGACGAGGCUGCGUCCGAAGGGAAUGCAUCUCCGCCACCACCUGGGACUGAGGCCUGGCCCCCUCUGCCCUUCCUGGCCCUGCCUCCUUCCUUCCAGGGCAGCCCAGACCCGGCCCACCUGGGACUCCCCGAGCACCUGGCCUCUCAUACCGUCCCCAUCCGCCUGGACGCCCUCUCCUACCUCCUGCACAGCGCCCUGCUGGGAGCCUACAGCUUCCAGCAGUCCUUGCCCUCCUGCCCCUGCUCACCCCAGGCCUGCCACACCCAGCUGGGCACAGCCCCCAGGCCACCCAGAGGACGUGGGCGCCGGCCUGCCCGGGGCUGGGGCCCACAGAGGUGGGGAGCCGGGAGAGCUGAGCUGUCGGAGAAGGGCAGGGCAGAGGGCGCUGGGGCUGGUCCCCAGGCCCCGACCAAGAGGCUGCGGUCACCGCCCACACUGCCGGGCCAGGGUGGGAAGAAGGAAGACAGAGGAGGCGUGGCGGCCCCCCACGACCGGCUGCCUGCUCCUGAGGACUGGGACAAGGAGUACUAGGACUCCGGAGAGCAUCAAGCAGCCGCCACAGCGGGGCUUCCUGGAGCCGGAAGGAGUCCUGCAAGUCACCCGGCCCUGCUCAGAUCCCCCGCCAGGAGCACGCCGACCCCUUCGUCUUCUCUGCCUGGAUCCCGGCACCAUCCCUAUCUACAGCCACAACCCUGAGUUCACUGACUCCUCUUGGACCCCCUACCCCGCCCUGCGUCCUAUCCCAAACCCACUCCCCCGACCCUCCUCCAGCCUCUUCUGUGCCUCCACCCCUAACCUGCCUUCGCGCCAGCUUCCUCUCCCGGUGCUGGGAUUGAACCCAGGGCCUCACACAUACUGGGCAAGUAGGCUGCGACAAGCUGCAUCCCCAGCCCUUUUUAAUUUCCAUUUGAUUUUGGAACAGGGUCUCCCUAGCUUGCCCCGGCGGGCCCUGCAUUUAGAAUCCCUCUCCCAGACCCGCAGCAGCCCCGUGUAUCCAGACGCAGCACCCCACCCCACCACUCUGCCCUGCUCCUGGGAGUGGGGAGCCCUGGCUGGGCAAUAAACGGAUGCCGUCCUCUGUCUGUGUGUGUGGUCGCCCUCGCCCUGCUCGCCGUGAGCAAGACUUGUGCGGAGGGAUGGGGUCCGGGGAGGGUCACCGAGAGAGGCCACUGGGGCCAGGGGCUGGGGGAGGGGUCCCCUGGAUCCCUGCUUCAGCGAAUUCCAUUCUGGGCCUCUGCCACCACUGCACUUCUGCCUGCUGGAAACUGCUGGGCCACUGGGCCAUUGUGUGGGCAGGCUUAAGGGAUUUGGGGGACCCACAGGGACAGAGAGGCCAGCGACCUGGCUCGGCUCAGUCUGCACAGAGGGGCUGUGGCGGAAGGAGGGCUCAGGGCAGGCUCUGCCGCGCAGGUACGCGUGCCCCAGGGCUCGAGGGUCCAGG